AUGGAAGCACAACUAGAAUGGGUUCGCUUACUUUUUGAAGAUUACAAUAAUGCAGAAAUGCACGAAUUACUGGCAUACGUGAAUUUUGGCAAAGCUAUGAACUCCUUCGAUCAUGAAAGAGUGCAAAACAAUUUGAAACAAUUGGUUCAACAGGAUGGAGACACAAAAUCACAACCCAAAUUUCAGCAUCAACAUCUACCGAAUCCAGAGUUCGCGCAAUCUCCACACUUCCCAAAUAAUGACAUGCAAAAAAAACAACGGAUGAAAAAUCUUGUGAUGAAAAUGAAAACUAGCGAUGAACCAUCAACACCACCUUCCAUUAUACCGUCAUCGUCAUCAUUGGCACCUGAGAAACAUCCACCAAACUUUCCAUCAUUAGAAGCUCACCCCACGGCACAUUCCUUGCAACAAACACCAUCACCCUUCACCACCAACUUGUUAAUCGUGCUGUUCCCUUACAAACAGGGAGUCGGUUGUUUAAAGUUGAAGGAGAUGCAGCAGAUAUUGUGGGAACUUGUUCUGGGUGUGGGUGCUCUUCAUCAGGUUCCUUAUAUGACGAAGAAAUUUGCAUCAGCACCGGUCACGCACCAUCCACCCGCCUACAAGGGCACACGCAUCCAUGAAAUAAUGACCCACGUAACCAACGUCAUGCAUUCCGCCUGGUGCAACACUCUGCCCGUCUGCCAAGAUUCCAAUAACACUUUUGAUCAUCUGGAAUUACGGAUGCAUUUCUUUGUGGAAUCUUUUUUGGCUUGCCAGGAUCUGUACAUUUUUAAUAACAGAUGGGUUUUGAGAUCCGCUCUGAACUUCUUUAGUAAUGGAGAAGUAGUCAGAGAAGUAGGUAGAGAGUCCCAGAAAAAAAGGCCAGAAAAAGCAAAUGUAGAUUCAGCAAAAGAGUGUUUAACACGAGUUAAGAAGUGGACCCUGUCGGCACCUCAGCACAACUUGCACGCCAUCCACAACAACAUCAUCAACAUCGACUUCGACCACAAUAAUGAAAUCAACGGAGAUGUCCCAACCCCUCCAGACAACCGUCAACAACUUUCUGCAAAACUACAGGACUUGGAUCGAUUGAGUACCUACAAUGUUUAUCUUCUGGAAAUUAUUACCAUGCUGGCCACCAUUUUAGAAUCAAUGGCAAAAAAUGAUAUGAUCCUUUACGUUGAAGCUGACGUGAAGAAAAAGUGUUAG